AUGGGUGGCCGAGACCGUGCCGGCGGCCGUGACGGGCGCAAGCGCCGUCGCAGCCCGGACUCGGAAGACGUUGUGCAGGCGUCGGCCUUCGCGGCGGCGAACGCUACUCCAGGAGAGCAAAACCCCGGCGCGACCAGGGUUCGCCGCCAGACCAAGCUGACUGGGCAUUAUGCAUCGCCGAGGGAGAUCGAAGCCGCCCUGAAGCGCCCCGCGGCGACCGCAGACGACGCCCGUGGCCGCGCGGGCCGGACGCAGCAGUCCUUUGGCAAGGGCGAUCGGAGCGAUAAACUCGGGUACAGGCAUGAUCCCGUGAGCUCGAAGCGCAGCCCCGGGCGGAAGCGGUCCCGGGGCCCGGGACCGUCAAAGACCGUUCGACGCGAAGUCGUCAAGGCCAGCCUGGCCGGAGCCCUCCAGUUCCCCAAGGACGGGGCUAUGCAGCAGAAGUUUUCCUAUGACCUGGACAACCUCGUGUUGCUGGUCAGCCAGCGGUCCAACGUCGCCAAGAUAGUCGUACAGCACGCCCUGCUCCAGGCCCUGCAUCGCGAGGAGCGCGGCGAGGACAGGGCUCUCGACAUCGUGUCAGGCGGCGGCGCGAAGAAAAUGUUCUUCCAGGCGAUGAUCGGCCACGCGGGGAGCAAGGACGACCUGGCGUUCACCAACGGGCUCUUGCCGUCGAUCGAGGCGUUGAACGUCGGGGGGUUCCCGGCGAAGCUGGAGGGGAGGUCGGAUGCGGUUUCUGCAGGACGCAUCAAGGGGGACACUCAGGCCUUCGAACGCGCUGCCGGGGAGCUGGAUCGAGCCCUCCUGGCCAGUGUCUACCUCGACAACACCUUCAAGGCCCGCCAGCGCAACGUCAUCCGCGCCUUGCUGCGGAAGAAGGCGCCCAAUUGGGCUUGCAAGGACGGGCGUGGUGUAUGCGCGCGGCGUCUCAACUACAUUGUGGGCAAGAUCAACGGGGACCCGAACGUUGAGCAGAUGGACGACAUGAAGCCCGGUUCCGACAACGCGCCGACGCCGUGGAUUGAGCAGCUGAUCAAAGAUCACCGCGAUGUCCUCAGAACGCGCGAGUGGACUUCGGUGCGCGAUCGAUGUCGCGUGCGCCGCGAAGCCGACGGGGGGCUGCGGGUGGGCACGUACGUGUACGAGUCCGAGUCGGAUGCAGAGAAGGUCGAGAGGGACGCGAAGUGGCGCAGAAACCAUCCGUGGGAGGUGCUGCGGUACUACGCGUUCCUGCUGAAGACGUGCAAGGAGUCGAAGCUCAAGCUGCGGCAUUCGUUCACUCUGGCGCCGCGCCCCCACGCGCGGCGCCAGUACGUCGCCAUCACUCCAGAGGUACUGCGGGGGCUGCUUCGCGCUUGUCACAAGCGGGUCGAUCGGCGAGAGUGGGAGGCGCACUUCGGUUCCCGCGAGAAAGACCCCGGCCUCCCCUCCGUAGAUGCGGACGUGGCGGUCUUCCGGAAGUGUGCGAACGACUUCUGGUGGCCGAAGGUCUUUGCGCUGAUGAAGAAGCCGGCACGGGAGCGCCGGGACACCACGGUGCCGCGCGGCAAGGUGGCGAAGGGGGAGAAGCCGAGCGCGAAGACGAAGAAGAAGUCCCGCUUCAAGGAGCGCGCGCACGGUCCCGGCGACGGCGAGCAUUGGCGGAUGCGCGGGGGCGGUGGGUGGAAGUUCGCCGGGCUGGUGGCGACGGACGGCGCGGGGAUCGACUUCCACUUCGAGAAGGUCGAGCCCGCUGACCCGCGGCCGCCGAGGAGCAAGGCGCAGAAGGUCGAGCCCGCUGUCGGGAGGCCGCCGAGGAGCAAGGCGCAGAAGGUCGAGCCCGCUGACCCGCGGCCGCCGAGGAGCAAGGCGCAGAAGGUCGAGCCCGCUGUCGGGAGGCCGCCGAGGAGCAAGGCGCAGAAGGUCGAGCCCGCUGUCGGGAGGCCGCCGAGGAGCAAGGCGCAGAAGGUCGAGCCCGCUGACCCGCGGCCGCCGAGGAGCAAGGCGCAGAAGGUCGAGCCCGCUGUCGGGAGGCCGCCGAGGAGCAAGGCGCAGAAGGUCGAGCUCGCUGACCCGGUUCCGCGCCAAGGCCAGUGCGUCGUCGGGGUGGACAACGGAAGGAAGAACGUCUCGCAGGCCGUCAUCAAGCGGCCGGACGGCAAGUUCAUCCCGCGCCCCCCGCUGACGGCCGCCCGCUACCGCACGGAGAGCGGGCAGAGGCGACGCGCGCUGCGGACGCGCGCCUGGCAGCAGGAAGUGCUCGAUCCGCAGCACAACGUCUGGGUACGUCCCAAGGACGACGCGGGUCGCGCGCGGGGGAGAGAGCGCGCGAAGACGUUCGACGACGUGAUGGGGAGGCUCGUCACGACGGAGCCGCAGGAAAUGGAGGACGCCGUCAAGCUCUACGGCACCAUCUACGACGACAUCUGGAGGGUGCACACGCAGCUCAAGUGGGCGCGGGAACGCUUCAGGGUGCACCGACUUUCCCAGAUGGCGAUCAGCCGCGACCUGCGCGGUGUGAAGAGGUGUUGCGCGCGCACCGGACACGGCAACAAGGGCGUCAAGCGCCCGCCUCACCUCAUGGUGUGCGGCGACGCGGCGUUCUCCGGGUCCGGCUGGGGAUGCCUGCCCGCCCCGGUCCGAACGUUUCGUCGCAAGGCCAAGCUCACCUUCGAGGACUUCAAGGCCGUGAGCGAGUUCCACACCACGAAGGCCUGCCAUCGCUGCCAUGGGGACACGGAGGACGCGUACGCGGUGGAGAAGCAGCAGGACGCGAGUCAAGGCACCUCUGGAGGAGCGAAGCUUCGCCUCUUGCACGACGUCCGAUGGUGCCCCAAAUGCGAGAAGUUUGUGGCAAGGGACGGCAACGCCGCCAAGAACAUGGCGGAGCUGGCCGGUCCGGACCGCCCGGCCUAUCUCUAUGAUCCCGGCGCUGACGACGGCUUCAGCCAGGGACCGUCCGAGGGCGGCGGCCGCGGGGGCGGCGGCCGCGGGGGCGGCGGCCGCGGGGGCGGCGGCCGCGGGGGCGGCGGCCGCGGGGGCGCGAAGAAGGCACCUGCACCGGUGCUGCCGUUCGAGCCGCCCAAGCCGCGCAAGCCCAAGUCGCGGCGCGGGUGA